GCCUGGAAGCGGGAGGGGCCGCCGGCCCGCGUCACGUGACGGGGGACCCGCCACGCUUACGGCGCCGCCAUGUUAUCGGCGAAAGGGCGGGGCUUGAGCCGAAGUGGGAGGAGAAAGGGAAAACAGGGCGGUGCUCCUGGGGGAGGGGGCGGGCUCCUUCUUCCUCCCCGCCCCGACCUGCGGGCUCUUUAGCCUCCCUCCCACCUCCCACGGUCAUGGCUACAGUGGCGGCGCGAGACUGCGGACUGCGAGAGAGCUGCAGGAAUCCGGCCAUGGUGAGCGAAGGCAGGGCGAGCGGCUUCUCGGAGGGCAGCAGCAGCGGCAGCGAAGGCUCCCUAGACGGCUCCCGCUGUCCCACCCCCGUGCUGGACGCUGAGCGACACGAGCGCCUGCGGGAGAAGAUGCACCGGAGGAUGGAAUCGGGCGACAAGUGGUUCUCCCUGGAGUUCUUCCCUCCGCGGACUGCGCAGGGAGCCGUCAACCUCAUCUCUAGGUUUGACCGCAUGGGGGCAGGUGGCCCCCUCUUUGUGGACGUAACCUGGCACCCGGCAGGGGAUCCUGGCUCAGACAAGGAGACUUCAUCCAUGAUUAUCGCCAACACAGCUGUAGACUACUGUGGCCUGGAGACGGUCCUGCACAUGACCUGCUGUCACCAGACCCAGGAAGAGAUUACCGGCCACCUGCACAAGGCCAAGAGGCUGGGCCUAAAGAAUAUCUUGGCAUUGCGAGGAGAUCCCAUUGGUGAUGAGUGGGAGGAAGAAGAAAAUGGCUUCAGCCAUGCCGUGGACCUGGUGAAACACAUCCGCAGUGAGUUUGGUGACUACUUUGACAUCUGUGUAGCAGGUUACCCCAAGGGUCACCCAGAAGCGGCAAGCUUUGAGGAGGACCUUCAGCACCUGAAGGAGAAGGUGUCUGCGGGAGCCGACUUCAUCAUCACGCAGCUCUUCUUCCAGGCGGACACCUUUUUAAAUUUCACCAAAGCCUGUGCAGCCAUAGGCAUCACGUGCCCCAUCCUCCCAGGAAUCUUCCCCAUCCAGGUGAGUGCCCACAGGGCCUUCGGUGCCAGCCGGACACACAGGGCUGGGGGGGCUUUGUUCCUUUAUUGCUGUUGUGAGAGGCAGUCGGGGUUAGGAAUCAAAAACAUGUCAAACCCACUCAAGAACAACGAUACACGCCAUCACCACUCCCAGCAUAAUCACUUGUCGCCAUAUACCACCGAAAACUACUGGCAAUGCUCCAAUCCCAACACUCACUACUACCCUCAACUUGGGAAAUUGCUUACCGAUGAGGCCUUUGCCCUGUGGAUUGAGCAAUGGGGGAAACUGUAUGAAGAGGAAUCCCCCUCGCGGAUGAUCAUCCAGUAUAUCCACGACAACUAUCACCUGGUCAACCUAGUGGAUAACGAGUUCCCCUUGGACAACUGUUUGUGGCAGGUCCUAGAAGACACCUUUGAGCUCCUCAGCCGGCCUGACCCUCAGUGAGAGACGGGGAAGCUCAGGGAAUCGUCCCCAUUGCCCUCCUCAGCCUGACUCCUGAGCUCCCCAGGCUCCUCUCCCCCCACUCCCCUCCUUCGAGGAUUCUCCAGUGUUCUCUUCUCCAUCCCAUCCCAUCACCCUCGCCCUGGCUCCCAUCACUCCCCCAGGGGGGGCAGCUGACUGGUCACCCCUCUGUGCUUGGAUUUGCCCUGAGUCUGUUCCGCACUAUCAAGGCCUGUGGGAUUUCCCCCACACUCUACGUAUACUAUUUCCCCCUUUUGUUGGGGAGUGACUCCGUCCUGCAACAUCCCUGCUCCAGGCCGUGGAGAGCCAGUGGCUCAGUUCUCCUGGGGAGGGGAAGUGAGCCUGAACACAGGGCUGGAGUGCUGGCCUUCCAAAGAACUGGCCACAAGCAGGGUCAGUCCCAGACGUGCCUGGAAAUGCCCCGCCUCCUCCCAGGGAUGCUGGGCUUUGCCUCGGUUUCCCCAUCUGUGAAAGCAGAGCUCAGCAGGAACUCUUCUGCCUCCCAUGGAGCAAUGCUUCCCUUCCCCUGGAGCCUUGUUCGAGGCUGCCAUAUUUACUGGCAUUUUUACUUUCUGGACUGGCCGGAAACUCCCAAGGUGGACUCUCCCUCUCGCCUUCUGGAUUCCAGGACUGGCUCUCUGCACUACACUAACCUCAUAAGCUGCUUUGUUUCCAGACUCCCCUUCUGAAACAAAACGCCUUAUGGGGUUUCAAGCUACUCCAAAGCAUUUAUAGGGGCCCUUUUUCCUCUUCAGGGGUCUUAGAAGGUAGAGGAGGAGAAGAGCUAUGACCCUGGAGGGCAAAGGGGUCAGUGCUAGACCAAAAGGAGCCGGUCACGUGGCUGGGAAGCUUUGGGGCCCCUCAUUUCCUUCCCUGCUGGGCCCGCCAGCAUUCUCUCAGGGGGCCUUUUGACCGACCCUGGCUGAUAUCUGCUGCUUUUUUUAUACCUCUUUAUCUACUAUGCUCAGGUCUGACCCGCUCCUUCCUCUCCUCGUUUGUCUCGUGUGUGAAUGAAUAUCAGCAACUAGCACUUUCCAUGACACUUGGGUCAAUCGUGCAAUCUGGCAGCUACAGGGUUAAGGGCCUCUCUCCAUCCUCCCCACUCCCAUUCCACCCCCUCCCCUUCUAGAGCUGAGAUCAGCUGUCUUAGAGCCUGUGCUAGGUCAGCAGAAAGAAACCCUAGCUAGGGAGGAAAGGGGGGUGGACAGAAGGAAACUUGCAGCAAAGCAGAACCUGGGAAGGGUGACCCCCCAGUUCCAGCCAGCACCGACCCUGGAGGUGGGAGCUCCCCAGAUCACAGCGGGGGGACUUUGGUGGUCGUUUUAGACCAAUGGCCUACACAGGAUCCCCUUAGAGCAUCCCAAGUUCUGCUUACAAGCCCAGGCCACUUGGAAGCCUCUGUCUCGGCUGCAGUCGCCCAGCCUUUGGGGCGAGUUUAAAUCUGCCUGGAGCCAGCUCUUCUCUCCUCUCCCCCCCUCUGAGGCGCAUUCCUUCUCUCCAUAAAAGCAUUUGAAGGUAGUUAUGUUCUGGAUCCCCAAGUUUUGGGUUUUUUCUAUCACAUGGCAAGUUUCUGGUCCCCUCCGGUUAAAGGUCACACCUAUAAACUGAAAUAUAUUGCUCCAAAUCUGGCCCAGAGUAGGCUGGGCCCUCCAAUGCAGGGCACAGAUUCAACCUAGAAGAAGACUGGGAAAGGAAUAGUACUUUAUUGUCUGUCAAAGGCAGGGUUUCUGCCCCGAGGCUAUUUUUCAUUAAAACUUUAUCAGAUGA